UCUAACAAGGGAAAGAAGAACAUUUCGAAGCAAAAAGAAAAAGAAAAGCUUCAAAAGGCAGGCAAGGAAACAGUGAUUGGUUUCUUCCUUUUUCUCUUCUCAUUUCACUUUCUUGCAGUCUCUGCCAAGCAUCUUCCUUUAAUGCUCUUUAAUCUGAUCUCUCUCUCUUCUUCUUCUUCUUCUGAAAUCUUCUACACUUAAUAGAGCAUCGGAUUCGUAUUCUUGAUGAUAUUCUUCUGCCAUUGUUGAUCUGACGAGUGCUCAGUUGGGUUUCCUCUACUAAAGCUUCUGUUUUCUGGGUUUGUUUUGUUUUGUUUUGUUGAUCAAUAAUCUUUUCCCAACUGGGUUUGUGUUUCCAUGGGACUUUGUAAUGGGAAGCCAAUUGAACCACCUGAAAACCUGUCAGAACACCCAGAAAUUCUGGUCGGAACCGACCAAAUUGGGAAAACCCCAAAUUACUCAUUCUACAGCCCGAGUCCUUUGCCAAAUGGGUUCAAGAAUUCACCAGCCAAUUCCAGCGUUUCAACCCCUCUUCGUUUCUUUAAGCGCCCUUUUCCUCCUCCUUCCCCUGCAAAGCAUAUAAGGGCAUUACUAGCCAGGAGGCAUGGUUCAGUUAAACCUAACGAAGCCUCGAUUCCUGAAGGAAGUGAAUGUGAUGUCGGAUUGGACAAGAACUUUGGAUUCUCAAAACAAUUCAUUAAUCAUUAUGAACUUGGUGAAGAGAUUGGGAGAGGCCAUUUUGGUUACACUUGCACUGCUAAAGGAAAGAAAGGUAGCUUAAAGGGACAUGAAGUUGCAGUCAAAGUCAUCCCAAAAUCAAAGAUGACAACUACAAUAGCUAUUGAGGAUGUUAGAAGAGAAGUGAAAAUACUUAGUGCUUUAACUGGCCAUAAAAACCUUGUGCAGUUCUAUGAUUCAUAUGAGGAUGAUGACAAUGUUUAUUUAGCAAUGGAGUUAUGCAAAGGAGGGGAGUUAUUAGACAGAAUACUAUCACGAGGUGGAAAGUACUCUGAAGAAGAUGCCAAGUCUGUUUUAAUCCAGAUUUUGAGUGUAGUUUCCUAUUGUCAUCUUCAAGGUGUUGUUCAUCGUGAUCUUAAACCCGAGAACUUUCUGUUCACGACCAAAGAUGAUAAUUCCCCGCUUAAAGCCAUUGAUUUUGGACUCUCUGAUUAUGUGAAACCAGACGAAAGACUAAAUGAUAUUGUGGGGAGUGCGUAUUAUGUUGCACCUGAAGUGCUUCAUAGAUCAUACGGAACAGAAGGAGAUAUGUGGAGUAUUGGAGUGAUUGCUUACAUUCUUCUAUGUGGGAGCCGACCCUUUUGGGCCCGAUCAGAAUCAGGAAUCUUUCGAGCUGUUCUUAAAGCUGAUCCAAGUUUUGAUGAAGCCCCUUGGCCUACAUUGUCUCUUGAAGCGGUUGACUUUGUGAAAAGAUUGUUAAACAAGGACUAUCGAAAGAGACUAACAGCAGCACAAGCUCUAUGUCAUCCAUGGCUAGCAAAUCGUCAAGAGGUGAAGAUUCCAUUGGAUAUGAUUGUGUAUAAGCUCGUUAAAGCCUACAUUUGUUCAUCUUCUCUAAGAAAAACAGCUUUAGGGGCACUUGCGAAGACAUUAACGAUACCUCAGUUGGCUUAUUUACGAGAACAGUUCACUCUGUUAGGUCCAAACAAGAGUGGUUUUAUUUCCAUGCAAAACUUCAGAACGGCUGGGAUGAAGUAUGCAACCGAUGCCAUGAAGGAUUCACGGGUUUUAGAUUAUGCAGCAUCGGUGAGUAAUCUUCAGUAUAGAAAGAUUGAUUUGGAGGAGUUUUGUGCGGCUGCUAUAAGCGUUUAUCAGCUCGAAGGAUUGGAAACAUGGGAGCAACAUGCACAACAUGCGUAUGAGCUUUUCGAGAAGAAUGGGAACAGAUCAAUUAUGAUAGAAGAACUUGCUUCUGAGCUUGGGCUUAGCCCUUCGGUUCCAAUUCAUGUAGUUCUCAAGGACUGGAUACGACACUCAGAUGGGAAGUUAAGUUUUUUGGGAUUUGUUAGACUGCUCCAUGGCCUUUCUGCACGGCCCUUCCAGAAGGUUUGAACAACUCAAAUCCAACCGUUGUCAUUGAAAGUUGAAUGACACAAAUAUCUCCCUAUCGGUUUAGGAAACCUAGCGACUCCCCCAAAAAAUCCUGCUCCGAGAAUAGUGUUGUUUCUCCUUUAGUCUUGUUCAAUGUUUGAUGUAACUGAUAAUUGAUAAUUUAUUGUAUUUAUUAUAUAAAGAUGGAAAUGGAAUGUUUAUAUGGAAAUUAGGGUUUUUUGUUUUGUUUUGUUUGUCAUGAAAUUCCUUUGUAUACCUAAAACUAGUAGUUAUAGUUGGCUUUGAAUGAUUUCGAUUCAUCUU